AUGCUACCAAUUCUGCCCACAGACAUUUUGCCUACCUGGGUUCGGGGUCACUAUGAGACAUGGCUGUACAUGAUUGGCAUUUUCGUGCUACUAAAGCCGAUUGCGUACUUGACACUGCGGAUUCUGGCCCAACAAUACACCUACACCGUCUUUAUUCGCAAGUCAGAUGAGGCAUAUGAUAUGCUCCUCGGCUGGAUCUUUGCCGCCGGAAUAGACAAGGGCGCUCGCUCCGUCAUUGCCCGCGUAGGCGUGCGUGGUGGUGGUCUUAUUGAGGAAGAGGCGGCGGCGGCCGCCGGCCCCUCGCCCAAGAACAACAACAAGAAACGCAUCACCUUCUCGCCCUGGAACGGGGCCUUGCUCUUUUGGUUUCACGGCCGCCCAGUCUACUUCAAGACGCAUAUGCGGCAAGUGGGCUUGCUGCAGGAGGAGGAAGUCACCGUCGUGUCGCUGGGCCGGUCCGCCGCGCCGCUGCGCAAUUUGCUCGAAGAAUGCCGUCAGCUUCACCUGCGCCAGACGGAGCAGCGGGUUGCCAUUUUCGGCAACCACGGGAGCGCCUGGUCCAAGGAAGCCUCUCGCGUGGCCCGGCCCCUCUCCACCGUCGCCAUGGACCGCGACACCAAGGAGCAGCUCGUCGCCGACAUGGCCCGGUUCGUGAAUCCGGCGACGCAGCGGUGGUACGCGCAGCGCGGGAUCCCGUACAGACGCGGCUAUCUCUUUUACGGCCAGCCGGGCACGGGCAAGACGAGUCUCAGCCUUUCUGUGGCUGGGCAUUUUGACCUGGACAUUUAUCGGAUUCAGGUCUCGGGAAUCACCGAUGACAGUCUCAAGCAGCUCUUUGAGAAGCUGCCAGAAAGGUGCGUCGUCUUGCUAGAGGACGUCGACGUCAUCGCCAAAAGCCGCGCCGCCUCGGGCGGCGGCAGCCCCAGCGGCGCGGACUCGGGCCACCCUGCAGAUGCCGCCGUCGGCACCACCAUGUCUGGGCUCCUCAAUAUUAUUGACGGUGUGUCGUCGCAGGAAGGUCGAAUCCUCAUUAUGACUACAAAUUAUGCAGCACGACUGGAUGCGGCCCUCGUCCGCCCCGGCCGCAUUGACGUCCGGGUAGAGUUCCCGCUGGCCGACAGGAACGCGGCCAAGAACCUCUUCGACCUCGUCUACCGGAACCCAGUGGACCCUACCGAGGAUUCUUCUAGCGAAAAGGACAAACUGCAUCUGCUGGCGGACUCGUUCGCCUCGAAACUACCAGAGCGACAAGUAAGCCCCGCUGAGGUCAUGUCCUUUCUCCUCCAGUACCAGGAGUCGCCGCAACAAGCAGUCGACUGCGUCCAGGAAUGGCUUGCUUCCCGCGCAUCUCGGCAGCUGCAAAAUUAA